AUGGCCGACCAGCUCAAUGCAGGCUCACCACCUACAACCGUACUCCUACUAACCCACUCCCGCUGCGCAUCCCACGUCCUCGAGAAGAUGCUGUCCAAACAACCCAACACGGUCCUCACAUCAGCAUGGUUCCUCCCAACCCGCCAACUACGCCGUGACGUGCUCAAAGCAGGUCCCAUCAACCAAGUCUCCCCAACCCUCCUAUCAUCCUUCAUGACCGCCUUCAACUCAGAGUACUCCCACUUCCUUCAGUCUCUCAGCGACGCAAAAGCGAACGGGAAGGUUGCAAUAGCUCACCCGCAGCCGCACAUGAUGCUCAGCCCACAGGUCACCUCCUCCUACGUCUACGACAACCUCACAACCCACGACCCACAAUUUGGGCAACCUGGACGCUUCCUAGCCGGAGGAGACAGUGAUGAGGAGCCACACACAAACCCAUCCCUCCUCCCCGACUCGUUCUUCCUCAUCCCCGGCACCAUCCCCAUCAUCAACUUCCGCCACCCGAUGCUGCUCUGCGAGGGCGUCUACCGCGGCGUGCGCGACCAACCCACCUUUCGCGAGGCGAAUUCAGAGUAUUUCAGGAAGCAGGUUGGGAAUGGCGCGAGCCUGUACCCGGUGCGCUUGAUGUAUGAUUGGUACGUGAAGCACGGUCCAGCCGCAGGCAUUUCGCCUAUCCUGGUCGAGGCGGAUGACUAUCUGGGCGAGGAGAAGGAGGCACUCAUUGGGCAGAUCUGUGCGCUGAUACCGGGGUUUGAUGCGCAGCAUGUGAUAUAUAAAUGGGAGAAGGCCACCGCGGAGGAAGUGAGCGCGAUGGGGGAGCAGCGGGCGCAGGCGCUGCAGACGAUCAAUGGAAGCGAGGGGGUCAUGCAGGGAUAUGAUACGCAAGGAAAGACCAUAGAGAGCGAGACGAGGAGGUGGAGGGAGAAGUAUGGAGAUGAGGACGCGGAGUUCAUCAGAGCUUUGGUGGAUAAAGCCAUGCCAGAUUAUGAGUACUUUAGGGAGAGGAGGCUGAGGCCUGAUGGUGCUGCGCGACUGGGUGAGUAG